AUGUCUGUUAUGAAUCACGUAACAGUGUAAUGUCCAGUCACACUACAUUAGGGUUAUUUGAACACAGUACAUUCUUUUCCGAUGGCAGUUAACUGCCAUUGGAGAAGGUUCGCACUGAAAUGAAGAGAACGGUUAUUUGAGCGAGCUGAAAAUGGCGAGCAUUCCCAGACUGAAAGCAGGAAGCAGUGCAGAGCUGGUGGAAUGCCGUGAUGAGCUGAUCACUGAAAUACUUUCAAGGAUUUCAACCAGAGAUGUGCUGAAGAUGUCCACAGUGCAUAAGAGAUGGCGCUCACUCAUUUUUGACCCAUCUUUUGCACAUACUCAUCACAAGAAUUGUCACCGAGAAUCGAUGUUUUGUUUCAGUGACAUUCAUGGACAAUCGAUUCGAUAUCAGUUCCGCUAUUACAAUUCACAAACGGGUAAUCUUUCCAUUGUUCCUUUUUCUCGGGAGGGCUUAGACAGUUUUUUUCAAAAUGGGCACCUUUGGCUGUUGACCGCAUCAAAUGGGCUGAUGUGCUUUCAUCUAUCUGCGACAAAGUAUUCGAGAUUUUCCAGCGAGAUCCCAAUGUUGUGGGUGUACAACCCCGCGACAAUGUUUUUGAAAAAAUUGUCAGUGCCUUCUAAAGUGGAUGCAAGCAAUGCAUUUUUUAUUGAAAUUUGUUAUACGCAGAAUACUCUAAAAUUUGUGAUGGCAGGCUUCUCUGUCGCUGAAGAGAGCCCAUAUACCCUGGUGUUUGAUUCUCAAUCAAAUUCGUGGCAUGAGGGUCGGCCUUUAUUGCGCUCUAUAAAUCUAGACGAUUAUGUAGGGAAGCCACUUUUUUUUAAUGGUGUCAUUUAUUUUGCUGCUAGAGUCGAAAGCAUAGAUGCAGAGGAGUUGAAAGAAAUUAGAGAUGUAGAGGCCUUGUUUAGAGAUGACGAUGAUCUUUUAUACAUGAUUAUGGGUUAUGAUGUGAAUCAAGAUCAAUGGAGCUUUUCUAUUUUCAUUCCUGCCUCAGUAGGGUUUCCAUAUUGCCUCACUGAAUGGGAAGGAAAUCUAUUAGUUUGUGCAUCUAAUUCCACCCACGAGGAAAACCUAUUUGCAUUGGCAGCAAACUCCACCCAUGACCGCAAUCAGAGAAUUAGAUACAGCUCGGAUGAGGGUGAUGGGCAUUUCGUGUUCUGGAUAUUGGAUACAGAACACAAGCUGUGGAUUCGAGAACGAGAAUUAGAUUUAUCACAUGAGUUUCACACUAACUGGAUGGUAUCUGCAAGCGGUGGUGUAGUAUGGUUUAUAUGUGGUUACAAUUCUGUCACAGUGUACCAAAUGAAGAACAGACAUUGGUCCACUCAUCGACUAGACAAUUCUCUGGCUUCGCGGCAGCAGCUAGAAUAUAUAUCAUGUAUAUCUUUUGAGCCUACCCUUUUGUCAUUUUGAAACUCUUUGUGAAAGUGGGAGUUGGAUUACAAUUUUGCUGCUGUUUGCAUUCAUGUAAAUUUUUGUGUUUGUGAGACAAAUAAUCUGGACUUGAAAAAUACUUCUGAGUUAAUUGAUGACGGUCUGAUUCAGUUGAGCGUAGUUGUAAGUACUGUCAAAGUGUAACAGAGGCAGCACCUCCAGGAUUGCUUCUUGUCUA